CUCAUUCUAUACCUUCUGCAGGCUUAAGAACCACUUAAUAAACAUGUUAAGAAGGAUAUUAAGUAAAUAUGAAAAUGGAGAGCUUCCUUUCUAUGGAGAUUUAAAAACCAGUCAAACGGAAAUGGAAAUUCAGAUUAAUAUGCUAAGACAGAAGAGACAAGCAGCAUCUCAAGAAAACUUAGAGCAGUUAAGAGCAAGUCAUGAUGCUUCAAUAAGAAGUCAAGUGGCACUCAGAAUUAAAGAGCUGGAAUCUGAACUUCAAUCCCAAAUAAGAAAUUCUCAGGAACUUAAAAUAGAAUUGGAAAAGUACAGGCAACUCUACCUAGAAGAAUCAGAAAUGCGAAUGUCAUUGACAAAAAAACUGAGCAAGACUAAUGAGAGGCUGGCAGAUAUCACUACCAAAUAUCUGGUGGAGAGACAGCAGAACAGACCUUUCCACAGCACUCUUACUAUGGGACCAGUCUUGGAAGGGCCUUCUGUUGGAAAUUUGACUAGUAGUUUACUGCUGGAUAGAAAUGUUACUCCAAGAGAAAAUGUAAUGAUUCCUACCUCAAGGCCGCAGACUUCAGUUAGCAGCAUUGAAACUCACUUGUUCAAGAUGCAGCAGAUGUUGGAAGACAGUAUAAUCAGAGAACUAAAAGAAGUUGCUCAUGAUUGAGAAUCAGGAUUCUGUAGAUCUUCUCCUUUAGGACCUACUGACGAAUCAAAUGUAAAUCAAGAUCUAGUACUGCAAGCAUCACGAGAAUAUGUAGAGAUUUUGAAUAGAAAGUAUAUGAUCUGAAAGCUAUAUAGUAAAAGUUUAUUACCUAGAUGUUUAAUAUAACAUUUUAAUUGUUUCCCAGUAAAUAUCUGAUGUACAAAAAAUCUUUAUUAAAGGAAAUGUUGUUAUAUCGUG